CUGUGUUUAUUUCAUGGAGACGGAAGCGUCGGUGAGUAAAAUCUUCUUUACCGGAGCAGCAGCGGCCGGUUACCGGUUACCGGAGCAGCAGCGGCCGGUUACCGGUUACCGGAGCAGCAGCGGCCGGUUACCGGAGCAGCAGCGGCCGGUUACCGGUUACCGGAGCAGCAGCGGCCGGUUACCGGUUACCGGAGACACGUUCUGUACUUUGAUAGGGCAGUUUGGUGCAGGCUCUUCUGUCUCGUGAUGGAGGUCGACAUCCUGGAGUUUAAAGUUCCUGUGGAGAACAACAAGACUGUGUUUGUGUGGGACGUCCCGCCGUCUCACAGCGAGGCUCAGAUCUACGCUGGGCUGCACGACGUCUUCUCGUCCUUCGGUCCUCUCUACCUGCUGAAGGUUUGUCCUAACGCCCCUCUCCACCCACCCGGCUUCUACGCCCUCGUCAAGUUCUACUCUGCAGCUCAGGCCUCAGAGGCUCAGCGGCAGACAGAUGGACGCCCGCUGCUGCACAGCGCCGCUCUCAAGGUGAGGCUGAGCUCCAAACAGUCCAAACAGUUCCUGUCUGGCUGCAGGCCUCUGAGCCACGCCCGCUGCGUGGAUCUGGCCAAUCACUGUCUGGGAUUCAAUGGCUGGACCUCUGACAUCAUCACAAUUAAGGAGCUCACCAACGAAGAAGAAGAAGGUGAGGAGGACGGUGGAGGCACGCGGAGGAGGCUGAGGUUUGGCUGCCUGCUGCAGCUCUGCUUCCCCCGACACACACGGAGCACCAGAGCAGCAGCAGUGAUGGAGGACAGCUUCACUUGCACAGGUCCAGAGGUUAUGCUGCAAAAGCGUGUUCAGCUGCAGCGGGCUGUGAGAGAGCGAGCUCUGGUCCAGGCCUUCAGUGCAGUCCUGCUCAUCCUGCUCGGUGAUGGGAAAGUGAUGGUGGAGGUGAAACAGAGCUCAGAUCAACUCCUCCCUGAGCACACUGAAGGCCUCCUGCAGGUGAACCAGUUAUCCUGCAGAGAGUUUGCUGCUGAUGAAGAGGGGGGGAUCUGACUGUAUCGUGGUCAUUACAAACCUCAUACUUUUACUUUUAGUACAUACUGCAGCUUACAAAGUGCGUACUGUUAAAUGCAGUGUGCUCAUGGCGCCUUGACCCUCUCUCUCGUAUGUCUGCUGUGCAAAGGAUUGUGGGUCAGGAUAAGGACAUAAUGCUGGAUGCAGACUGGAUGCAGUACAUCCUGGUAUUUCUGGCAGACUGCAUUUGACAUACUGUAUACUGGGAGUUGUUGAGAUCGACACCCAGAGGACUGAGGGUGAACAGUGAUGCAUUAUGGGAAUUACUGUUUUAUUUAUUCAAUAAAUAUGUUGUAUUACUGUU